UAACCAUAACAGUGGGGAAUCAACUGGCAACAAUUGAAACGUGUGUGUCACGGAUUUCUUUUAAGAACUAUUAAUAAAUUUGCUAAAAUAAACAAGAAAAAAAGUUUCUAGUUUAUACAGUGGUGGUGAAAUAGUGAACUGGAGGUGCUAUGAUUCAGGAAACUGGAAUCAUCACAAUGAGGCAAUACAUGUGGACAUUAGCUGUCUUGGCCUGCCUUGUCACUUUCUGCGGAGUCUCCGAAAGUAGAUCACUAGUCAAAAGAGAGGCAAACGGCGUUCACGUUAAUACACUAGGACAUGACCACGUGGGAUAUGCAGACAAGGCGAAAGUGGCUGCCGCCUUCGGAGUGAAGAACGCUAUCUUAGGAUUUGUCUUUAACAAACGCUCGGCAGGCUUUGCUUGGGAAACAACCACAACCCCUAAACUUCCCACCACUACUGAAGAUAUUGUAAUUUUUGAGAAAGACCAAAAAGUAUCACUAGAGUUUCCGAGUCAACUUUUCGGAUCUACAUACACUUUGGUCACUAACUUGUCUACCACUGUAGGAGACUACAUGAUCAACACAGCUUUAAGAGCCCAAAGGCUACUGGAAACAAUGAGACCCUUCUUGAGGAAGAUUUUUGGAGCUAAAGGAAUAGUUAUCGAAGCGACAACGGACAAACCGAUUUUUUCGGAUCCUAAUUCCACCUAAUUAGCGGAGAGCAAAAUUUGGAUGUAGUAACAGUCAGUUAAUGCCAUUAUUGUUAUCAAUUGCUCUAUGUAUGUACAUAUAAACUUAAUAUUAUUUAGCUUAAUUGAACGAUUUUUUGCCAAAACGUAGAAAUAAGUGUUAAUACAUACAUGACUUUGUAGAAAUAAUUAGUAAGGCUCCUAAUGGAGAGCAAAACCUUGCGUUUGUACACCCUAUCCUAGAUAUCUUGCUCAAUGCACAGUAUAGUUGAAACUGUAGAAAGAAUUAUUGCUGAAAUAACACUAAUUAUAUGUCGAUCGUUAUUUUAAUGUAAAUAUAAUAAUUGUAAAUUUUUUUGUUACCUACUUGUUAAGCAACCAAGGUCUUAGAAUGUUGUGAUCUUAUACUUAUGAAAUUUCAUUUACUAUUUCAUGUUAUAUUUAAUACACUUACGUGUAGAAAAACUAAGUUUUAUUAUCAUUGUGAGAUCUAAUUAUAUGUCUAGAAAAUAUCUUAAGCGUUAAUUCACUUUUUGUUUUUAUACCAACACGGUAAAUGUUUUGUCAUAAAUUAUACACACAUUGGAAAACAUACAAAAUAGUGAUACCAAUCACUACUUUUAUAUUACAAAUUAAAUUCAAAUAUAUUUAGCCAUGUAAGUGAAAAACUUCAAUUCACGGUGAGUAUUCAAAGGUAAUAACUUAGAUUCUCCUUGAGGAAUAUUGCAAACAUACAGUGUUAACAAAGAAUGAUUUUUUAAAACAGGUUUUCCUAUCUCAUGUGCACAACAAUAGGUAACUUUCACUACCCACAUUAAUCUUUAAAUGUCAAUUCAUCAAGUUGCUAUUAUUCAGAUGUGUGAAGUUUAUUUCAUUGGAUACUUUUGUUGUGUAGGAAAAAAAAACACAAUAAAUAUUUUAAAAAUGCUUGAAUGAUGUUAACCGCUGGUAUUUCCACGACAUAUGUACAGUUGUGGCCAGAGAAAACUAGACCACUACGUUUGAUACGCACUUUCAAAUUUUAACAAAUUUUAGGGUUUCAUUAAUGUUUUACUUGACAAAUCAAAUAAUUUUGUCUCUGCCCCGUUUUUCAAAUCAGGAACAUACAUGCAAAUUGCUAUUAUGAUAUAAAAAAAAAAUAGCAACUAAAACUAUGUUGUGUGAAAAAGGUCCACUUUUCUAUGGCCGCGACUGUACCAAAGAAAUGAAAAAUUUUGACUUAACAUUGAUUGUGCUAACGCAUAGAUAUCAUUGAUCUGAAACUGACACACUGUUAACCUUAAAAGUAUUUUUUUGUUGGAGUUAAUGUUUCGUUGUCGCCCCUUUUGUUUACUACAAACUGGUUCUAUCAAUUGAAGCUAGAAGGUCUGAAUAAUUGUUUGACGCACAACUUAUUACUGCUAAUUCGUAUUUAAAUUAUCAUUAAGCCUUAUUAGAACAAACAUUUUAGUUUCAGGAUGAUUCAUGUAUAAAUUAUCUGUGUACACAUUGCAGGACCCAAAGGAACAUGUACUCAUAUUUCAUCUACUGAUUUUUUUGGAAAACUUUUAAUUCUUUGACAUUUUUGCACCGAUUUCAAGGGAAUUCAAUAAAUCAGUCGUGUCAGUUAUAUAAGGGUUCUCGUCUUUUUUGGUCACGUGUAUAAAUUAUUAAAAAUAAUAAUCAGCCAUAAAAUUAAUUUUGUGUUGAUAUAAUAUAUAUGGUAGUACAAAAGGCGGGAGCAGCUUUUAUAUGAUUUAGAAGCAAAGUAUCAAAGUGAAUAGGUGUGUAUUUACGUGAUAAAAAAUUAGAACAACAAAAAUUCUAGCACUUGUCCAUUAGCAUAAUUGAAAUCUUAUUUAAAUUUGGUGGAGGCGCCGGGUAAAAAUAUGAAAAUAAAUCGUUUUAAUUAUGUGCGUAAAGCAAUGGUAACAAUUAUAACAAACUGUUGUUAUUAAUAUAUUGAAAAUGUACAAAAUUUAAAUAUAAUUAAAGAAAUAAAAAAUGAAAAAAUGAGAAUAAAAUAAACGCAUGUAUAAGUCUCUGCGCUUAUUUUUGCAGUUACCUAUUAUAAUUGUUGUUACAUUGUUAAUUUUUGCUAUAUACAUAUCUUCUUGUUAUCAGUAGGUAUUGUUAGUUUUGGCUUGCUAUUUUAAUUAUGACUCUUGCUGAUUAUCAUGUACCCAGAUUUUAUAGUUAUCGGAUUAGUUUUAUUUUGACAACACUAUAAACUGUGAGUAUGUACCCGUUAAUAAAUCGAAUGUGAACCAUGUUAAUAAUAAUUAGUUUGUAGAAAUAAAUGUUUCAUUGAU